GUCCCUCUUCCUUAUCUCUCUCUCUCACAAGGGUUUAAGAAUAUCACUUGUUCUUCCCAGCAUCACAUUCAAUCUCCGCAGCUCUCUCUUGAACCUCAAUGGCCUCCACUUUCCUCACACUCUCAAACCCUUUGGUCUGCAGACCCAACAGUUCUUCCCUAUCCAACCAGAACCUACUCCCAAGUCUAAGAAGAAACUCACUCAGAGUCAACGCAAUUGCCAAGCAAUGGGAACCCACUAAGGUGGUUCCUCAAGCUGAUAGGGUGCUCAUUCGUCUCGAGCAACUCCCUGAGAAAUCAGCUGGAGGAGUUUUGCUGCCUAAAUCUGCCGUGAAGUUUGAGCGGUAUCUUAUGGGAGAAAUCCUUUCUAUCGGUGCUGAUGUUGGAGAAGUGCAGGCUGGAAAAAAGGUUCUUUUCUCGGACAUCAAUGCUUAUGAGGUGGAUCUAGGAACACAGGGUAGACAUUGCUUCUGCAAAGAGAGUGAUCUGUUAGCUGUGGUUGAAUAAGAUGUCAGCACUCAGACAGUAGAAUCUCUUGGAUUAUUUUCAAAAAUCUAAUCGUCGAGAUUUUUUCCUUGUAUGUCCCCAACUCCUCCGUUGAUCGCAUGUAUUUUGUAAUACCAGUCGUCAUUGUACUUUGGAAAGCCGUGUUACCUCUUAGUACACGGUUUAUGGAAAUUUGGUACAAGCCUACAAGGGUCAUUGUGGAGAGAAGGGGAAGACAUAAUGAAUUAUAUUUUUUAUCA